AUGUACUACCUAAACAUAGUAAAUGCAUGGUGUGUGUAUAUAUAUUGGUGCUUGGCACAGUCAGUUAACAAACACACAACACCACAACAAGAGAGAUACUACAACGCAAUGGCAGCUCAUGCCCCAACGAUGGCAGUCCCCACCGACGCCCAGCUGAUUCAGGCGCAGGCUGACUUAUGGCGGCACAGCCUGUGCCACCUCACGGCCAUAGCACUCAGGUGCGCUGUCCAGCUCGGUAUCCCUACUGCGAUACACCGACUCGGCGGCACAACAUCGUUGCCCGAGCUUGUCACCGCACUGUCCCUCCCACCAUCUAAGACACCAUACCUUGGCCGUGUCUUGCGGUUGCUGGCCACAUCAGGCGCCUUAGCAUCCCCUAAGGAGGGGACCUACUCCCUCGUCCCGCUAUCAUAUCUCCUGGUGGAUGGUGUAUUCAUUGAUGGUGAGGCUAGCCAGAAGGCCAUUGUGCUUGCCACAACCUCAAGACAUUACAUAGAGGCGGCCUUGGGGCUAGCUGACUGGUUCAAGAAGGACAUCGCACCAUCGCCAUCACCAUUUGAGGAUGUGCACGGUGCCACACUCUUCGAGGAGAGUAUGGCGCUCCUCGACCCAGAGUCAGACAAGGUGUUCCAUGAAGCUCUGGCUGCCCAUGACCAUUUGGGGAUCAGCACCAUAUUGCGGGAAUGCCAUGACUUAUUCAAGGGGGUGCAGUCACUCACCAAUUGUUGUGGUGGUGAUGGAACGACGGCUAGGGCUAUUGUCAAGGCCUUCCCGCAUAUCAAGUGCAAUGUGUUGGACCUUCCGAAGGUGAUUGAGAAAGUCCCGAGUGAUGGUAUCAUUAACUAUGUCGCUGGUGACCUAUUCCAUACCAUUCCACCUGCUCAAGCUGUGAUGCUUAAGCUUGUUCUGCACUUCUGGAACGACGAAGAUUGCAUCAAUAUCCUGGCUCAAUGCAAGAAGGCCAUUCCGUCCCGCGAAAUGGGGGGAAAGGUUAUUGUCAUAGAUAUAGUAGUCGGCUCAUCAUCCAAAGAAAUGUUAGAAACCCAACUGUUGGUGGAUAUGCUCAUGUUAGUAUGUACAAGAGGACGUCAACGAGAUGAAAAUGACUGGAGCACAAUCUUUACAAAAGCAGGAUUUAGCGACUAUAAAAUCUUCAAGAAACUGGGACCUCGAGGUGUCAUCGAGGUCUAUCCUUAA